AUGCGUAAUUGCUCUUGGUUUGCCCUCGACAAGAUAACUCACAAGGUGUACACAUUGCACCUGCAGUCAUACAUCACCUUCUGCAAUGACCACCAUUUCUUGCUUGAUCCCACAUCUGACAUGCUGUCUUUCUUUGUUGUCUACAUGUUGCAUUUUAUCAAGCCUACACCAGUGGAGACUUAUUUGUCUGGUAUCUGCAGCCAGUUAGUGUCCUUUUUCCCCUCAGUGCAUGACGCUCGCAAGUCCCGUCCGGUGACCUGCUGCUUUGCAGGUUGCAAAAAACAGUUCAAUGCACCUACAUCUCAGAAGCAGCUGUUAAUGCCAGAUAACCUUUUGCAUCUCAAGGCAAGCGUUGGCAUUGCGCUAUGCCAUGAUGAUCACCUUUUCUUGGCUCUGACCUUAGUUGGAUUUUUUGGUCUGCACCGGUUAGGCAAACUGGUCUGGCCUGAUGAUCCCUUUCUUUGUUCAUCGUGCAAACUCAUUCAUCGCUGCUCUGUCAAGGUCAUUGCAAUGUCCAUUAUAUAUAUGCUGCCUAUGCACAAAGCAGACUGCUACUUUACUAGUAGUGAGGUUGUCAUUGAACGCCACGUUGACCUCCUCAACCCAGGCGCACCUUUUCUUGCCUACCUUGCAUCUCGCGAUGCUCUGUUCUCCUUCAAACUGAUGCUAUUUCUGCAGCAUGAUGGUUCUGCUGUGUUUGGUGACUUGGUGGGUGACCAUUCUCUGUGUCUGGGUGGGGCAACUUUCCUGGCUUUGCUUAGCUGUCCUGAUGGUCACAUUCAAGCUUCGGGUCAUUGGAGCUUGGAAGCCUAUUGCACAUACAUUCUGGAGCAUCCUGUUGUCUUCCUGGCAUCUUUGCAGGCAUGCCACCAUGCAUUCGAUGCUCCUGUUUGUGUGACAACCUCUUCCUUUUUCUAG